GUGGCAAGUGUAGAUAAGCCCCCUUAUGAGGUGAAAUCCCCCCUCCAUCCUGCAGUCUCCCCUCCUCCAGCAUCACCAGCAGGAAUAAGGGAUGUCAGGGCUGUUCCUCUUUCUGACAGCGCUCAUUGUCUCCUGCAGCAUCCAGGUGUCUUCUGCUGCUACGUUGGACAAGCUGAAGGAGGACUGGAAACUAUAUAUGGAGGAGUGUGAACGUAACAACAGUCUAUAUCCACCCAGCACCGGUCCUGUGUGCAACCGGACUUUUGACAAGUAUGCCUGCUGGCCUGAUGGACUCCCCAACACUACAGUCAGCGUGGCAUGCCCGUGGUACUUACCAUGGCACUAUAAAGUACAAAAUGGCAUGGUGUACCAGGAGUGUGACGCCAACGGCCUGUGGGUGACAGCCAAGAAUACCAGCGAGUGCGACUCUGAUGAUUCGAGGAAGUACUACUUUGAACAUAUUCGUAUCAUGUACACUGUGGGCUACUCCUUAUCCCUGGUGGCUUUGGUUUUGGCUCUUGGCAUUCUUAUAUUCUUCAGGAAGUUGCACUGCAUGAGGAACAACAUCCACAUGAAUCUGUUUGCCUCCUUCAUCCUGCGAGCCCUGUCAAUCCUGAUCAAAGAUGCUCUGCUGGAGGCCAACCACACAUUACAAGACUUCAGCAGAGACCAGGUUCAGGCGUUCCCCAGCGCAUCCUCCCCAGUGGAGCUGCUGGACAACAAUGUGACAUCGAUUAGCUGUCGCAUGGCGGUGGUGAUGAUGCAGUACAGCAUCAUGGCUAACAGCUACUGGCUGCUGGUGGAAGGCAUCUACCUUCACAACCUCCUGGUCAUCACAGUGUUUACAGAGAGAAACUACUUCAAAAUCUACCUGUACAUCGGUUGGGGUACACCAUUAAUAUUUCUCAUGCCGUGGGUCUUUGUUAAACAUAUUUCUGAAGAUCAUGAGUGUUGGGAGCAAAAUAUAAACAUGAAUUACUGGUGGAUAAUCCGGGCACCCAUUCUUCUUGCUGUUGUGAUCAACUUCCUCAUCUUUAUUCAUAUUAUCAAAAUUCUUGUUUCAAAACUUCGAGCACAUCAAAUGAGAUACACGGAUUAUAAAGUCAGAUUGGCAAAAUCAACUUUAACCCUGAUCCCUCUUCUAGGGAUCCAUCAGGUGGUGUUUAUUUUUGUGACGGACGAGUACACCAGCGCGACCAUCAGUUUACGUCACACAAAGCUCUUCGUUGAUCUCUUCUUCUCCUCCUUCCAGGGUCUGCUGGUGGCCAUCUUGUACUGUUUUGUCAACAAUGAAGUAAAGGUGAGCAAGGCCUUGCAGUUCUGA